GUCGAAAACAAUUGAGGUGAACAUAUUAAUUAUUUAUUUUCAAAAAUAUAAUGAGUGAUCAAAGAAAAAGAUUUCAUUCAUAUGAUGAUAUGGAUAACACAAAUAUUAUCCUUAAGGCACCUCUAAUAAAGUAAUUAUAUAUUUACUAUAAUUUAGACCAUUAAAAGAUUCUUCAAUUUUAAUACCAGAACUAUAAUUAACAUAUGAAACACCAAAAUGCUUUAAAAAGAUGCCAUUAACAAUUAUACCUGAAGAUGAAAGAUUAGAAGGAUUAUAAAUUCCAUUAGUGGGAAAACACAUUAAAAAAAGAUAAAGAUUUCAAAGUGAUAAUGUUCGUCAUACUGUUAUAAAUAUGAUGGAAAGACAAUUAUUAAGUAGAAACUCUUCAAAAAUGCAUAUAGAAAAUGAUAGAUUUUGAUUUCAAUUGACA